CUUCCUCAGGCAAUGGCGUUUUACAACGAAGUCGAUGCUGCUUCAGUGGCCUCGCCCGUGCCGUGCGGUUCGUGGGUUUGGAUUCCCACAUGGGACAGUGUCACUUUCACGUCGCCUAAUUACCCCAAUGACUAUGCCUGGACGAAGUGUUACUGGAAGUUUUACGCUAACUCCUCUGACGCCCGGAUUGAGAUCGACUGUUCAGACUUUCAGCUGCAGGAUGCUGUUUUAGGAGUGUGUCUCAAUGAUGUAUUCACCAUCGAGGCCGGGCUGUUCAACUGCAAAAGCUUCUGUGGCAGCGAAGGACCGCAAUCGGAGCUCGUGAAUUCCCAGUGGGCUAGCGUCAAGUUCAAGGCAGAUCUGUUCACUCACUAUAGAGGGUUCACCUGUACCGCCACUGCUGUUGGAGAGGGCAAGAAACCAGUGAUCAACCGAACGAUACCAGUGGCCGUCACAACCACACCCCCAGUGGACAUCACAACCACACCCCCAGUGGAUAUCACAACCACACCCCCUGUGGACAUCACAACCACACCCCAGCCCUGAAUCCCUGUCCACAACCAUACUACGCCAAAGAGUUAAAGUGUUAAAGUCAGGCACAUCACUUUUAAGAACUUGGAGAGAUAUGGUAAUUAAAAUGUGACAGGCAUGCA